UUGUCAGGGUUAUUUUUCUUGAACCGAGAUUUUGUACUGUUAUACAGAAGAUGAUUGAAAUUGUCAUUAUAAAGGUGGAGGCUUCUGGCUGUUUCUGGGGGAGAAUAACAAAUGGCUUCAGUGAUCUGGCUGAAAAUGAAAAUCAAUAUGAAAAAUUGGAGAAAAUGAUGAACGAGCUGUACCAGAGGAGCCAUGUGGAGCUAGAAGAAAUUAAACUUUCUGUUCUAGAACAAGGCCAGAUCUGUGCUGUUUAUUGCCAUGAACUCCACUGCUGGUGCAGGGCAGUACUGGAAUCUAUUGUAUCAAGUGGAAGCAGUUAUCUUGCAGAGUGUUUCCUGGUUGACUAUGCAAAGCACAUUUUGGUGGAAGCAAAAGAUGUUCGAAGGGCAGUUGAUACUUUUUGGAAGUUACCAUAUCGAGCAAAAAAGUUCACAUUAUUUGGUAUACAGCCAUUGACAUUGAAUAUUAUGUUUGUGAGGAGAAAGCAAUAUCGGCUUAAAAUAGCUACUUUGUUGAGUUUUGCUCCAAUGGUAGUGCAGGAUCUGGAACUUGGUUGUACUGUUAUUGAAUCUCAGACUGUUGAGGCAAAAUUAAAAGAUGUUGCUGGUGAUACUAUUGCAGUUCAACUAUAUCUCACUUUGAAAGAUGGAAAGGUGUGUUUGAAUGAUGAUUUAGUAGCAAAAAUGUUUGCAUGUUACAUUUCGCCAAAGAAGCAAAAUCUUGUAAAAAGUAUGAAGAAAGGAACACCAGCGAAGAAAAUUGUUGUUCAUGAAGCUUUAGCCCUUUGGUCUGAAAUUUUGGAAGUGUCUACAAGAGUGGAACAAAACCAAGGUUUUUCAGGCCAAGAAUCAGUUGUCCAGUGUUUAAAAGACCAAGAUAGAAGCGUAUCCUGCAAACACACGAGUAAACAUGGCAGUAAGACACCCUCAUUGUUACGUAGGAGAAAUUCAGUAGAGCAGUUCCAGUCAUUUUUCUUUUUGGAAAAGCAGUCAGAUGAGAAGAUGAGACUCUUGCACUUUCUGAACCCAGAUCCAUUAAACACAGAAGGUGUACUUCAUCCACAACAGCCAUCCUUGAAAAUUGCUUUUGACCAAUGGAAUAGAGUCCUGGUGCAUUCAGUUAUCAAACUGACUCCAUGUACUAGCAUGGAAAUGGCACCAGUUUCUCUGGAUUUAAAAAAGGAACUGAGCAAGAAAAAUACUGGUCCAGAUAUUGUGCAAGCUUACUGCUGGCCAGCCAUAGGCCGUGGUUGUGAUUUAGUUGCAGUUUCACAUAAAGGAGAUGAUCCUCUUUUGUACAUCCCUCCAUUGUUGACGUUUCUACAGCUGCCAUCCGUUUACAGUUUCCAACCCAAGCGAAAUUUGCCAUUAGCGAUAAUUGUGUGCCCUGGACAACAGAAGGCCCAUUUUGUAUGCCAGGUAUUAAUUGACUUGACAAAGUUUUCACGACUGCUUAAUCUAUCAUUGGUUUUGGUUGGACAAGAUCCAGAAGAAAGUAAGAAAAUCAAACUCGUCAAAGGAUGUAAUGUAGUUGUUACCACUCCACACAGUCUUGUACGGGUCCUCAAAAAACACUGCCUAUUUUUCAUGAGACUCAGCCAUUUGAUUUUGGAUGGAGUUGAUGUUCUGUUCGAUGAAGCAAUGGAUGAAAUGACUGCUAUCUUGCAACACUUCAGGGAGGCUACUAAUGUUCCAGAGAGACUGUCAACUCCACAACAGCUCAUUGCUGUUGGAAAGCAUUGGACAAAAGAAUUGGAAAUUUUGGUAAAAGAAAAUCAAGGUGAUCCUUAUGUUGUUAUAACAGACAUGGAAGAAGCUGCACUUUAUGGAAAUGUACAUCAGAUAGUGCAGCUAUGUCUGGACCAUGAAAAGACAUCACUGUUGUUGACCAUGUUGGACUUCACCUCUGAGAUUUUACAAAAGACUCUGAUUUUUGCUAAUUGUGCUGAGGAAGUUGAUCAUGUGUUUAAAGCUUUGGACAGCAAUUCAAAUUUCUGCAUCAAAGCCCAUGAAGGGAUGAACUUGCACUUAAACCAAGUAUUGGAACAGUGGAAUAAUAAAUUCAGCCCUGGCACACAUGUAUUAUUAGUUACAAUGGAUGAGUGCCUCCCAGGCCUGGGGAUUACAGAUGCUACCUGUGUAAUCCAUUAUGGUUUUCCUCCUUCUCACGAAAUAUUUGGAGCUCGCCUGUGUUGCAUGGUUGACAAUUUUAAGAAUCUGAUUGUAGAGGAAUCAACUCCUCUUCAAAGUCGAUCGAUCACAAUAAUGACUGACAAAAAUGCACCUCAAAUGGUCUCCUUUCUGCACUACCUGGAAAGAACAGAAGCUAAAAUUCCUACUGAAUUGUAUAAAUUCAUUUCUGACUUGAAUGACAAAGAUGACAAUUGCUGUGACAAAUCUUUAUGUAAAUACCUUAAAACAUAUGGAAUCUGCAGGGAUAUUAAAACUUGCGCAAGUCGUCAUAAAAUUUGCCCAAAUAUGGACAAACCACGGUGUUUUUCAGGUGAAAAGAGUUUGCCUUCUAGAGGAUAUGUUGAGAUAAUUCCAACAUAUGUCAAUAAUGCUUCCAAUUAUUAUGGUCGAAUAAUCCAUCACAGAAAUAAAUGGCAGGAUUCUCCUACUUCCAUGGAAGAUGACUACCUGAGACUUCUGAAAGAUAUGGCUGAAUACUACAUGGAAGAGAAUCACAGGAAACCAGUAGAGCAAUUAAAAGUGUUUGCCCUGUAUGCACUCGAGGAAAAAAUAUAUUGCAGGGUGCAAUUAGUAGCAUUACCACAGGAAGAUGAAAGUGCAGUUCUCAGUAAUGCAGAAGUGAAAUACAUCGACAGUGGUCAAACUGGACAUGUGAUGCAAAAACAGCUGCUUGAGCUCCCUGCCAAGUUCCAGGUUCUACCACCACAGGUUGUUGAAUUUAUUGUAUGUAGGGUGAAACCUAUUGACCAUGAAAAGGAUUGGAAUCCACAGGUAUCCAGAUUUAUUAAGCAAAAAAUCACCAAUAAAUCACAUGAAGCUAAAAUUGUCCUUGCUGUUGGUAAUACUUUAUGGCUGAACCCUGUGGUACAUCUGACUAAAUUACCUGAUUUGAAAACCACAAUAUUGGACUAUAACAUUCGGUCAGAAAUCAUGAAUUCUGGAUUCGGAACUGAUAAUGUGGAGCACAUCAAAAGGCUACAAGAUCUCUGCAGGGCAGCUGGAUUUGAUGUACCAGAUGAAGGUUCUUCCCAGAAGGAGCAAUCUUAUGGGAAAGAUUUAAAGCAUGCCAUUCUCGAGAAAGAUGGAAAUUAUCAUUCAGUUAUCAUUUCUGAAUUUUCUACUCCAAAGUGCUUCUAUUUACAGUUAGUAGCAAAUCAGGAAAAACUCUGUGCUUUGGAGGAUGAAAUUAACCAAAAAGCUACAGAAAGGCAAGAUUGUAUUCCAAGCAGUUACAUGCCAAUUGUUGGUGACAUUUGCUUGGCACUCUGUACAACAAUGAAGAGGUGGUGUAGAGUGAGAAUCUUAUCAGCUGACUAUUCUAACAAGAAGUACCAUGUAUUAUUUGUGGAUUUUGGGUCAUCCAGCUGGAUUUCUUCAAACAGAAUUCAACCUUUAAUGAAAGGUGUCCUUGCACUUCCUUUUCAGGCUAUCUGCUGUUCGCUAUUUGGUGUAGAGCCAGUGGAUAAGAACUGGAAUCCAGAGAUUAAAGAGUUAAUAUGGACUACUUUUCAGGGCAAGGAACUCCAAGCUAAAGUUAUUGAACAAAAUAGAAAUGAAUCAACCAAUACUGAAUGCUACCUUGUUGAUUUGCAAGAUCCCUCUAAUGGACGCUUUAUAAAACUGUCAGAAUGCAUUAUAUCUAAAGGAUAUGGUCAGGGAACUCCUGCAGCUUUGAAUGAAUUGUUUCCAGAAGAAGCACCAGAAAAUGGUCAGAAGAACUCCAUUCCUCGCCUUUGUUCAUCUGUGUAUGCACUUUUGGGACAUCGAUAUUCAUCUUCUUUAAGAAUCACAACAGUGGAAGAACUCAAGAACUUGGUAGUGCAGUACCCUGCUGAGGGUGCACCAGAAUCUGGUUGUUUACGCUAUCUGUGCAGAUUGCUAAGGUUCCUAUCUACUCCAAAAGAACAAGCUGAUAUAAUAGUUGCAAUGACUCAUUUGGCCAAGAUGCAAGUAAGUUAUCAGGAUGAAAUUGAAGAAGAGAGAGGAAUUUACGUACUUGUGAGCCUACUUCAGGGUGCAACCAAUUCAAAACUACAAGAAAGCAUAUGUAUUGCACUUGGGAUUCUAGGCAAAAAUAGUAACCUGUACUUGUCUUUUACUGAUGCCAAUGCAUUAAAACAUCUUUGCCAUUUAUUAAAGACGGCAGUGGAAAAUAACGUCUGGCAAGCUGUUAUAGAAGCUUUAGCUGAGCUUCUGACUUCCAACAGGUUUUGUGAAGAAGUUGAAAAUCAUCAAAUUGUCAGCUGUCUUUGUGCAAAGAUUCAGCAGUCAUCUGAGGAUAAGGUUUUGGAAAACAUACUGAGGAUUCUGUCUCAUCUCAGUGGGAGAUCUGAGAAUAUGAAUUUAAUAUUAGCAAAUGGACUGGAGUUAACUAUCAACAGGCUGUUAUCGAGCACAUCAAGCAAAAGUGCUUUAUACAAAUUUGUAAAUAAAAUGAAGUUUUCACUGACCAGUUUGCAAAAUGAUGCAGUCUUUUCUGAAGGAAAUGCUGAUAUAGAUAUCCCCAGAGAGAAAUCAAGUCGACCAACAACUGAUCAUAAAAGCUUUCACCCUGAAGUAAAGUGGCAUCAGAAGGAUGAUCAUCUUAUACUAAAUAUAAAAUUGCAAAAUGUUACACAAUAUACAUGCAGAUUUGAUCAUCACAGAGUAAUAUUCAGUGCCUCUGUUGAUGCCAAAUUGUACAUGGCAGAUCUGGAACUUCAAGGCAGUAUUUUAAAAGACAAGUGCUCAUGUAUUAUAAAAAAUGAAGAGCCUGUUAUUACGUUGUUUAAAGAGGAGAGAGGUGUGUGGAGCAGUUUGCUGAAACUUAAGAAUCCAAAUGUAACUUUUGACUUCAACUAUUUUGAGGAAUCGACAGAUGAUGAAUGUCUUCCAAUUUGCAAGGACACAAGAAGAAAAGAGCACCCACAGGUCCUAGAACCCAUGAUUGAUGAAUGGAAAAGUUUUUCAAAUGAUUACGAUAGUUCUGAGGAAGACUCCUGAAGGAUCUGUUAUAUUAUUCAAAAAAAUUUAAUGUCUUGUAUUUCAUUUAUACAAAUAUUGGUCACUUCAGUAAAAGAUCUUAAGAUUUUGCACCUGUGAUGUUCCUAGUAAGGCAAAAUGUAAUUUCUAAAUAGUAUUAUCUCCAAAUAUAAAUUGAAUAUUUUGUGUCCUUCAUCUUUCCAAAGGCAGAGCAAGAAAUAUUUCAUAACAAGUACAAAUACAAGUUGUUAAAUUGAACAAGCAGACUGAUAGUUAAGAUUGGAUUUAAAUGUUAAAUAAGUAAAAGUUGUUCUUGAACAAUCAUAAUAAACAAAAUUGUUUCUCCACAUCAGUGGAUCAUGUGUCUGAAACAAAUUACAGUAAAUCUAAACUGCCUGAAGACUAGAUUUCUGAGCUAGACCAAAGCUUGUCCUUGCA